UUGUCAUCGCCAUUAUUUACUGCAUUACUUCUUUCAUCCUUAACUUUUGAAAUAACUUUAACGUUAACGUUAAAGCCUCUUAACUUCGCCGCAGUACUUUGUGAUGGUGAAAGGGUUACAUUUAAAUGAGCUUGCCAAGCCUCUUUGUAUCAUCCCCCCAGUGUUAGUCCAGCCCACUGGUCCACUCCAAUAAUUGAUGCACCAACCAAUGUCAUCGUGUUACUGACUUUGGUGCGUGAGCUAGCACUGCUAAUAGCCACAUUCUGUCAGACUACAUCAUCUGUCGUCCACCGGCUGGAGCUUUCACUCUGCUCCACGACUCAACCCCGUGUGUAGCUCAAAAAACAUGGCGGCCCUCAAAGCUUUGUGCAGAACGGAGAAUGUAUUCUUCAAACACCUCUCAGGUCCCAGCAGAACCAAAUUAAACAUCGCUAAUCUCCAAUUAAGCAAGACCUGCAGUUGUUACUUCUCUACCUCCAGCAAGAGAAGUUCACAGUUCUACUCAGAUUCUACAGAGGCAGUGAAAGAUAUCCCAGCUGGAGCUACCAUUCUUGUCGGCGGUUUUGGAUUAUGUGGUAUCCCAGAGAAUCUAAUCAACAGUUUACUGAAGACCGGCAUUAAUGGUCUCACUGCAGUCAGCAACAAUGCAGGAGUGGAUAACUUUGGCCUGGGCCUGCUGCUCAAGACUAAGCAGAUCAAGAGGAUGAUCUCUUCAUACGUCGGGGAGAAUGCAGAGUUUGAGCGACAGUAUCUGACAGGGGAGUUAGAAGUGGAACUGACACCACAGGGAACUCUUGCUGAGAGGAUCAGGGCUGGAGGUGCUGGGGUUCCUGCCUUCUUCACAGCCACUGGCUAUGGCACACUAAUCCAGGAGGGAGGCUCUCCUAUUAAGUACAGCAAAGAUGGCAGCAUUGCCAUCGCCAGUGAGAAGAGAGAGGUUCGGGAGUUCAAUGGCAGGCACUAUAUCAUGGAGGAGGCCAUCACUGGGGACUUUGCACUGAUCAAGGCAUGGAAAGCUGACAAGGCUGGAAACGUUAUUUUCAGGAAAACAGCCAGGAACUUCAACCAACCGAUGUGCAAGGCAGCCAAAAUCACCAUAGUGGAGGUGGAGGAGGUGGUGGAUAUUGGGACAUUUGCUGAAGAGGACAUCCACAUUCCCAGCAUCUACGUCCACAGGGUUGUCCACGGAGCCGGCUACGAGAAAAGGAUUGAGAAACGCACAGUAAAGAAAAGUCAAGAAGAGAAGCCCAAACCAAAGAAGGACUCUGAUAUUGUUCGGGAAAGGAUCAUUCGACGGGCUGCUCUAGAGUUUGAGGAUGGAAUGUAUGCCAACCUUGGUAUUGGUAUCCCCAUGCUGGCCAGCAACUUUAUAAAACCAGACAUCACUGUAAACCUUCAAAGUGAAAAUGGGAUUUUGGGACUGGGCCCGUACCCCACUGAGGAUGCAGUGGAUGCAGACCUGAUUAACGCUGGGAAGGAGACUGUCACCGUGCUGCCAGGGGCUGCCUAUUUCUCCAGUGAUGAGUCAUUUGCCAUGAUCCGAGGGGGUCACAUCAACCUGACGAUGCUGGGAGCCAUGCAGGUGUCAAAACAUGGAGACCUUGCUAACUGGAUGAUCCCAGGUAAAAUGGUGAAGGGAAUGGGAGGAGCCAUGGAUUUGGUGGCUAGCGCUGGAACCAAGGUGGUGGUCACCAUGGAGCACUCAGCUAAGGGAGGAAAACACAAGAUAUUGGACACAUGCAACCUGCCUUUAACAGGGAAGCAGUGUGUGGAUCGGAUCAUCACAGAAAAGGCUGUGUUUGAUGUGGAUAAGACAAAAGGCCUGACUCUGAUAGAAGUGUGGGAGGGACUCACUCCUGAGGAUAUCAAAGCAUGCACUGGCACCAAUUUUGAAGUGUCUCCCAACCUGAGGUCCAUGCAGCAAAUCUAGAGGAGGAGCAAUGGAUCUGACGAGUGUUUUUGGUUUGUGUGACACAUUUAAUUAGUCUGUGGUAAACAGCUGGUUUAGCAGAGACGGGUCAAAUAUGCUUGUAAAACAGAAAAGUUUGGUUCAGUUCGCCGGUUAUCAAGCAUGUAAAUAUCUGAAGGAUUUAUUCCUCACUAAUAUUAACUGAAUGGGAAUCACAGGAGCCAACAUGAGAUUUGGGAUCUGAUCAGGCAAAACAGGUUAAGGAUUACACCAUUAAGUUAUUCAUUUUUAUUACCAAAUAUUCUAUCUGAAAAUGACAUUACAAACUGGUAAUACUCUUUAUAUGCUCUCUAAGAAAAAUGCAACUUUACUUGUACUAUGAACAAAAAUGAUAGUUAUUUGAAUAAUAUUUACUGUAGAUCAACAAUUUAAUGUAACAGUAUAUAGAGAGCUGAAAUUAGAUGAAUUUAGAAAACAAAUGAGUGCUAUAGAUCAGGUCAUUUGUCACUCAACACAGAAGGGAAAAUGUUUGUACUGUAGUUGUUUAAACUUUGUGCUAAGCCAAGUAACAAAAGAAAUGUCCUUGAAUUAUAUCAUCCAAUGUAAGAUAUAUUUGUUUUUUUCUCGAUUUGGAAAAUAAAGAUGUAAUAAAAAGGA